CAUUGCCGCUCUCCACCCAUUUGGGUCGUCUGGUGCUUACUUCGCCGGCAAAUUAGCUCCAUUGCGACAGUUCCAAUCAGAAUCUCAAUAAGCGAGCAACGUAAAGUGAAAGAACAGCAACCAUGACCAUUGAAAUCAACACACCCGAUAAAUUGGAGUACCAGUUCUUCCCGGCCAACGGUGGAGUUUUCACCUUCAAGGUGCGCUCCCCCAAGGAUGCCCAUUUGGCACUGACUCCCUCUCCACAGGAGAGCGGACCCAUCUACGAGAUCUUCCUGGGUGGCUGGGAGAACAGCAAGUCUGUGAUCCGCAAGGACCGCCAGAAGCCCGAGCUGGUGGAGGUGCCCACGCCCGGCAUUUUGGAUGCCGGAGAGUUCCGCGGCUUCUGGGUGCGCUGGUACGACAAUGUCAUCACUGUGGGCCGCGAGGGCGACGCCGCCGCCUUCCUCUCCUACGAUGCCGGAGACCUGUUCCAGGUGAACUUUGUCGGCAUUUGCACAGGCUGGGGUGCCAGCGGUACCUGGUUGUUGGAUGAUUCUGCACCAUCGGCUCCGGCUAUGGGCUUUGCGGCACCAACGGGCAGUGGUCCAGGCUGCUGGGUGCCAGCCGCCAACGGAGAGGUGCCACCGAAUUCCAUGCAGGGCGGAUUCGACGGGAGCGAGCAGCUGUACAUUGCACGCGCCCGCCACGAGGGCGAUCUGAUUCCCGGCAAGCUGCAUCCUUCCCACGGAGUCACCUACAUUGCCUACGGCGGUGGCGAGCACGGACACGGCGAAUACGAAGUUCUGUGCGCCGGCGGUGGUCAAUGGGUGCCCGUCGAGGCUGGUAACAUUCCACCCAACGCCCUGCCCGCUGGCGAGACUGCCGAGGGUGAGCCCCUAUUCAUCGGACGCGCCACCCACGACGGCACCAUCACCGUCGGCAAGGUGCAGCCCUCCCACGGCUGCUGCUACAUCCCCUAUGGCGGCGAGGAGCUGGCCUACAAGGAGUUCGAGAUCUACGUCUCCAACUAAAUGGAGCCUUAGGGAAUCUACGAAUCUCUGAGGAAACACACGCACUGACUCACAAUUGUUUAUCUGCGCGGCUUACAGUUCAACUGGACGCAUAAAUUAUGGAUUAUAUUUAUUCUUGCAUUUCUAUUCAAUAUUGUUAACGAAUCUCGAAUCAACGUCCAAAAGUUUAUUAUUUUGUUCGCACAAAUUGGUAAAAACAACAAACA